AUGUUCUUCACUAUUUCCAUAGUUUUAUGGUUUAUGAUAUCGUUACCAAGUACAUUACCAGUUUCAAUAGAUAACAAAGGUUUAUUACUCAAACGACACGUUGAGCCAAAUGAUAUACAGUUUUUCAACCAAGGAGUGAGAUCUUCUUUAAGUUAUCUAUACCAAAAAAGAGAGCGUUCUGAUUCAGACAAUGAAUUGAUUUUGAAAAAGAAAAAAGGAAAGAAAAAGACUGUAUCAACAGAUACAUCUGGAAAUGAAAACACAACGGAUUUUGCUUCUGCUCAAGAAUUUGAAAAAUGGGAGGGUGAUAGAGAAGGUUGGCAGAUAAGUGCUGGGUUAUACUUUGAUAAAGCUAUUGCAAGUGAUUCAUGUGAUUCCGACUCAGAAGAAGAAGGACGCAAAAAAUUCUGGAUAUUCACAGACGAUGCACCACUUGAAAAUGAGAUUGUUGAUGUCUCUUCCAAAGAUGAAUUGGAAUUCAAUUAUAUUCCGGGUAACAAAAGCUUGGACAGUUCAUCUAAAGAGAUUCCCAAGGUAGAUGUUAAUUCAACCAUUCAUAAUCAGUCCAAAAUCAAAUUCAACUUUGAUGUCACCGAGGAGAAUCAGUUUGAAUCUGGAUUCGGUUCUGUUGUCUCUUACAAUUGUUUUUAUUUAUAUAUCUUGCUAUUUUGUAUUUUCUUUUAA